CUAGAUUUACUCUAGAGCAACCAGCACCAAUGCAGUCUGAUGAUAAUUGAGGCGGUGUUGCCAUAUCGCUGCCGACCAACACUUGUUUCCGUUAUAACGUUGCUAUUUUAAUAUGCAUGAAGUGUCUAUUAGAUUGAGACAUGUGAUAGGAAACAUAUUAUAAAAUCAAAUUGUAUUAAUAUUUUUUUAUUGAUUAUGUUUCUUGAUUCAAAAAGAUCUUGAAACGAACUUUUAAUUUUACUAUAUAAAACUUGCAACAGUGUAUUGUAGAACUCGCGCGGAAGGGCUCCGACACUCGAAGAAACCAAUUUUGUUCGUGCUACUAUAAUACAUGAUUAUACGAGUACAGCUGAUGAAAUGGCGCUAAUACGAUUCUGCUGUUGCUGUUUUAGCUUGAGAUCUGGGAUGUUGUUGUUGGGUUGGUCACAAGCACUGCUGUCUUUAUUGUCUCUCAGCGGGGUGAUCAUAGCAGAUAGUUCAGAAUCUACUUCAAGCAUAAAUCAAUUGUUGGGGAAAAGCUUAAGAACGCUCUAUGUAUUGCUGGGUGGCAGCGUCAUUCAAACCAUCGCUGCUGUAUUCCUGCUAUAUGGAGUUUACAUGAGAAAGAGUUACUACAUACUUGAGUAUGUGAAACUUGAAACCCUUCUCCACAUUGCGUCGCUUAUUGAGUUCUUCCUCUACCUCGUUUUGGAGCACUCCACGUUUUCAAGCCAAGACAUCUACAUCUUCGUGGGAUUCCUCGCUUUGAACUACGAUGCAGACAUUCCGUCUUUCAACGCCAGUUUGCACACGGUUGGGACACGAACAAUAGACGUGCUACACGAGGGCUCUGAUCUCCUGUGAUUAGUCUGGACAACAAAGCCCUCCAACAGAUGAUCCCGGUAUUGUGGAGGGAAAGGGCUAU